AUACUACAAUAUCAUUGGUAUAGAAAUUCAUUAUAAAUGACCCAUUGUUUGACAAAAUGGUUAUCAGUGCCCGAGACUCGGAGUGGAGACGACUCCGCUCUAUAAUGUCGCCCACAUUUACGACCGGAAAACUCAAACGAAUGACUCCUUUAAUCCUUGAAUGCAUGGACACUAUGAACGACAACAUCGACAAAAUCAUCGCCAAAAAUAACGGCCAACUCUCGGCACCGGUAGAUAUGAAACGAAUUGCCGGAGCCUAUGCUAUGGAGGUUGUAAUACAAGUGGCUUUCGGCCGGAAAGUGUCGGCUCUGAUUGAAUCAAACAACCCUAUCAUAGAAAAUGCCCGCAAAAUGUUUAGUACGAGUUUAUUUACCUUGGUGAAACUUUUGUUCGUAAUGCUAGCCCCAAAUGUGGCCAAAAUGUUGAAAAUAUCGCCGUUUGAUAGAAAAGUUACGCAAUUUUUUCGCGACUUUACCCUUACUUUAAUCGACGAUAGGAAACGUGGUUUGGAGACCGGAAGUCCUGUAAAAAGGGCCGACUUUUUACAAUUACUGUUGGAUUCAAUGAAAAAUAAUAAUCAAGCUAUCGAUGGGUCCGAUGAAUAUACUGAUAGUAAGAGUGCAGAGAAAUAUCGGGAAAUACAGGCCACGGAUGAUAUGACCGAUAAAAGUCUCACAAACGAUGAGCUUAUAUCCCAAUGUGUGCUGUUUUUAUUAGCCGGUUAUGAGAGCUCUGCCACCACACUAUCCAUGUGUCUCUAUAAUAUCGCUAAACACCCGGAUGUUCAGCAAAUACUAUACGAUGAGAUCACAAAAUUUAAGGAGCAGAAAUCAAGUGCCGAUCCGUACGAAGCGUUUUUCGCAUUGAAAUACAUGGACGCAGUCAUCGACGAAACCCUACGGCUAUUCCCUGCGGCCAUAUUCAUAGAGCGGGCUCCCAAUGAGGACUACCAGCUUAAGGGCACCGGUAUUACCAUCAAAAAGGAUCACGUGGUGCACAUCCCAACCUACGCCAUACACAGAGACCCGGAUAACUUUGUCGAUCCGGAGGUGUUUAGACCGGAGAGGUUUUUACCGGAAAACAUAACCCACAAUCCCUAUACGUAUUUACCAUUUGGUGCCGGCCCUCGAAAUUGUCUGGGCAUGAGAUUAGCUCAGUUGGAGAUUAAAUUAGCCCUGGUCUAUCUUGUUCAUCGAUAUGUUUUUCACGCUACAGAGGUAAAACCCUUGGAGUUAGGUGUGGUCACUGCCAGUGGUAUCAUUAAACCCAAAUCUGUUGAUUUAAGGAUUAGUAAACGCCCACCCUUUUACCUCACUGAGACCUCGACCAAGGUCGACCAAUUUGGACCUGGGGCCAAAAGCAUCAAACUCUCGACCUCGACAUGA